GCCUACAUUCGGGUAAACUCGACGUAAUGCGUCACUUGACCAAUCACAGCGCAGAUCCGGAUCUGCGAGGCGGACUCUUAAAAUUGAAUUUUUUCUUUUUUUUUGAGGGGAAACGUUCUCCAAGACAACAGGACGCUGACAGGAAACUGCAAAAAUUAAAGAUGGACUGGUUCCACUGUAACCAGUGCUUCAAGAAAAGCGGGUCGAAGUUUGCUGUGUCGAGCUGUGGCCACAUCUGCUGCGACGCUUGCAUUAAAUCAAAGCAGUGCAGUGUAUGUGGGGCAAGCUGCAGUUACCUGCCCAUCACUGAUGAGAUGAAGUCGCAGGAAAAGGUGUUUUUCACGGACCCUGUGAAACUCAUUCAGUCAAGGAUGACAAACAUAUCCCAGAUUGCCGUUUUCCAGCAGAAGCAGAUGGAGAGAGUCACAGUCCACUUUAAAAACAAAUCCUCUGAACUGGAGAGGCGUCUGAAGGAAGUUUCUGAGCAGGGUUACAGGCAACUGUCAGAGCUGAAAAGAGAGAACGCUGAGUUGAAGAAGCAGCUGUCGGAGCUGAAGAGAGACAACGGCGAGUUGAAAAAGCAGCUGUUGGUGCUGCAAAGAGAAACUGCAGAACUGAAAAAGCCACUCUCUCAAAGGAGGGUUUCUCCCGGACAGUUUCAGACUAAUGGAACCCAGAGGGUUUCCCUCCCUGUUGCUGUUACCUCACCAGUUACCCCUCGUUCAAGAACAGUGAGUCAUGUAGGCUCAGCAGAAUCUCAGAGGUGGGUCAGAGAUAGAGGUAUUUCUCUCACAACUCCUGGAUCCAUAGCCUCUAUGUCCAGUCAUAGCUCCCUGCAUGAACUCAGAACGCCACCAUCUUUUGCCACUCCUACAAGAACCCAGACCCCUGUUUUCCAGUUCCCAUUUAUGAAUGGAAUCUCGCUUCAGUCGCCCAGACAAUGAUGAAAUUCACCACUGGGAACGUCUUUGAUGUGCAUGACACCAUUAGUUAGUGAUUUAUUCAUCUGAGCCAGAACAAUAGAUUACGCAGAAAAACACUAUUUGUAAAGAAAAUGUUUUUUUUUCCUUUGUUGAAAGGCCAUGCCUUAUUGUUCACAGGCAGAACACCUCUAUAUAAGCCUUGCCUAGAUUUAUGGUAGUUUCCUUGAAGCAUAUUAAAAUCAGUUAAUGAUAAAAAUCAUUUUAUAGAAUUUCAGAAUAAAAUUUACACAGAAGAAAACUUAACACAGGUGUCUGUAUUCAUAACACACAAAAAUAAAUCUGUGUACACUUGAUUAUAAUGGCAAAACAUUUACUAGUUUCCAGUGACAAUUGUGCAAACGGGAUUUUCUCUUUAAACCAGAAAACAAAACUGAAGACUGUACAUGUAUAGAUUUAUAUCUGCAUUACCUUUUCAUGAGCAACAGGAAAAACAGUCGUACACGCCGCUUCGUCAUGUUUCCGAUUGCUCGACCUUUGGUCGGACAUUUCCAGAGAGCUAAACUCCGUUUAAAGCUGACAUCAAUUUCUAAAGUCCACCAGAAGUACUUUUAUUCAUCUGUAAGUGAACUUAUGACUCAAUUAAAUUGUUCUGUCAUUCUGUAUGAAGAUGGUAAAAUCUUA